AUGAGUAUUGAUAUUAAAAAUACAGCCGCUGAACAGCUCACCACAGAAGAGAAUUCAGAAAAGGAUAUUUACUCUGUGACAGGAAGUAAUAAAGAUGGUGUUAGUUAUAACGACAUACCAUGGUAUAAAGUUCCACACUUACGCCAACUUAAUUUCUGCGUACUAUUAAUUUCGUUGUCAUCUGCCACGUUAGGGUAUGACAGUUCUAUGUUGAAUGGCUUGCAAUCAUUAGCAUAUUGGAGAGACUACUUGGGAAACCCCACUGGUACAACGUUAGGUGCAUUAACGAACGGAACAAUUUUUGGUUUUAUUAUAGGGAAUACAAUAGCGCCCUAUGUUGCAGACAAAUUUGGAAGGAGAAUUGCUAUUAUUUCUGGUCAAAUUAUUAUUAUCAUUGGUUCAGUUCUUCAAGGUGUUUCGACCAAUUAUGCAUUCUUUUUAGUAUCGAGAGUAAUCUUGGGUUUUGGAUCUAUACUUACAAUGGUCUCGUCUCCGUCACUCAUAUCCGAGAUUUCUUAUCCCACUCAUAGACACGUCACCACAACUUUCUAUAACACAAACUAUUAUGUUGGCGCAGCUAUUGCUGCCUGGGUUACAUUUGGAACUAGCACUAUUGCCAGUAACUAUUCUUGGAGAAUUCCUUCGUAUUUGCAAGGAGCCAUAGCACUCAUUCAAAUUUCAUUAUUUUGGAUGGUUCCAGAAUCACCUAGAUACUACAUAAGCAAAGGAAAAGUUGAUAAGGCACAGGAAGUUUUGAUGAAAAACCACAUAGGAAAUUCUCAAGAUCCUGGAGAUAUUGGACUCGUCAAGUUUGAGGUAGAAGAGAUUCAGGCUGCUUUAGAAAUGGAGAAAAUAUCCGCAAACACAAGCUACAUUGACUUUUUGAGAACUCCAGCCAACCGCAAGCGUCUUUUCAUUUGUAUUUUCAUUGCUAUUUUAAUGCAGCUUUCUGGUAAUGGUCUAGUUUCCUUUUAUUUAAGUAAGGUGUUGAACUCAAUUGGUAUUAGCGAUGAAAAAGAACAGUUAAAGAUUAACGGGUGUUUGAUGAUUUACAACUGGGCUACAGCCGUCGCUGUUUCUUUUUUCGUUAAUAGAUUUAGAAGAAGAACAUUGUUCAUGACUUCAACAAUUUUGAUGUUGUUGACAUAUGUUAUCUGGACAGUAUUAUCAGCGAUUAACGAACAGCGUGACUUUAAAGAAGCUUCCUUAGGUAAAGGAGUUCUUGCUAUGAUAUUUUUCUAUUACUUAGGAUACAACAUGGGAGCAAAUGGAUUACCUUACUUGUACUUAACAGAAAUUUUACCUUAUAAUCAAAGAGCUAAAGGUAUCAAUCUCAUGAUGUUUUUUUAUAACAUCAUUUUGAUAUACAAUGGUUUUGUAAACCCAGUUGCUAUGGAUGCAAUUUCUUGGAAGUACUACAUUGUAUAUUGUUGUGUUAUAGUAUUUGAAAUAGUUGUUGUUUACUUGUUUUUGCCAGAAACCUCUGGAUACACAUUAGAAGAAGUUUGCCAAGUUUUUGGCGACAACCCACAAAUGGUUGCAAUCCCAAAGGCACACAUCCCCAAAGUAACUACUGAGCAUAUCGAUGUAGUAUAG